UUAGUGAUGUAGCUACCUGAUGGAGUAGUGUCAAAUAAUCGAUACCCGGAGUACAACUUUUAAUAUCUAUUGAUCUAAACCAAUCGCACAGCUGUCGUGGAAUAAAUACUACAGAUAGUUUAACAACAAUCAGCGGGUUACCAAUCAUACAUUUAGAAGAAAACCUGUUGACGCGUUUUUCUCUCCUCUGUUUAUAUUUCCUUAUUUAGACAGCAUGUUAUCUCGGGGAGUGUGGAAAUUUUUCUUAAAUCAGUGAUAAAUAUUUUCCGUGUUUUUUUUUCAAAUGUUGAAAUAUGAAAAUGUGAUAAAACCUUAAAUAAAUAAAUCGGGAAAUAGAAUGUGCUUGGAGCCUAAAUCUAGAUGGUGUUGCUGAGUGGAGCCAUGACUCGGCCAUCUCACUACGGGUGCUGCACCCUGCUCCAUCUCCGUGAAGACAACGCCAGGUUUAUUCUCCUAUUUGUAGUGCUACUACUCUACAUGUUUGCGGGGGCAUUCUUGUUCAUGAGUCUGGAACAGGACAAUGAAUAUAAGGAGAAAGAGGAGUACAAGCGCUACCUAGCGGAAUUUUAUGCCCGAAAUCCCAGCGUCAACAAAACAGAUUUGGAGGCUCUUCUGAAAAGGCACGGCGAGGCGGAGUCCGCUGGGUAUGUUGAUGACAAAAGACCGCGAUGGGAUUUUCCUGGGGCCUUCUACUUCGUGGGAACUGUUAUAUCUACAAUAGGAUUCGGAAUGACAACCCCAAGAACAGUUCCUGGAAAAGUUGUGCUCAUCUUUUACGGAUUCUUUGGUUGUGCUAGUGCUAUUUUGUUUUUCAACCUUUUUCUGGAAAGGAUCAUUACGUUCUUAGCUUACAUCCUUCGCUCUGUCCAUGAACGUAAACUAAGGAGAAAAUCCGGUGGUGAUGGAUCACGUGACUCCAGAGACAGACGGUCAUCUCAAACUUCAGACGAUGACCACCUUGACACGUGGAAACCAUCUGUGUAUUGGGUUAUGCUUAUCCUCCUAUUGGGGGCCGUUGUAGUGGCCUGUUGUGCGUCCGCCAUGUACCAGCCCGUAGAAAACUGGACCUACUUCGAUGCAAUAUAUUUUUGUUUCGUGGCCUUUGCCACAAUUGGAUUCGGUGAUUUGGUUGUCAGUCAGAAAGCAGAGUAUGAUAAUGUAGAGUUAUACCGAAUCGGGAAUUUUAUCUUCAUUGUGAUAGGAUGCUGUUGUAUAUACAGUUUAUUCAACGUGACGUCCAUAGUGAUAAAACAAUUUUUAAAUUGGCUCAUUCAAAAGAUGAAUUGUCGCUGUAGGCGUCGGAUAAAGAAGCCUACAAAUGGGCGUCGAAAUGCAAUAACGCCAGGUCAUCUACAUCGACAUUCAAAAUCAAAUGGAUCAACGAAAGCCCACAGUGUGACUGUUGAAACCGACAGUGACUCUGAAGGACGAAGAAACUCAGACGAAAUGAUUUCCAUGCGCGAUUUCCUAAAUGCAAACAAAAUCUCGCUUGCAAUGAUGCAAAAGCAGUUAUGGGAAACAUCACAAAGAGGUGGGGUUUCUAAUGGUGGUGGCUUUCAGGGACCGGUGGGUCCAUUGGCUAUUUUAGACCGAAAAUUGGGCCAAGACGAAGUAUGAUAAACAAACGAUACGUUUUUUUCUGACAAUCUGGAAAAUUACAUUAUUGAUUUGUCAAAAAUUGCGAACUGUGAUAAAAUUGUCCGAAAGGCGACAGGCAUGACUUUUUUUGUUGCAAUUAUUCGAUGUCUUCUUCUUCAACAACGACAGUUAUUUACUGUUUUUUAACAAAACAGUCGAAUUACUUGAGAGAAUUCAUCACUCACCAGAACGGACUGACUGCACAGCCUCCUGGACAAUACCAAGUCAUGUUAUGUAUUCUUUUUAAUUCUUGUUUUAAUCGUUGCUUGAUUCUGAAGAAAAAGUAUUGUUAUAAUAGAAUGAAAGUUGAAAAAGUGAUGUAAGAAAGGGAAUAUUAUUACUGUAGAGUGUACGUGAUACUGAAUUAGACAUUUUGGAGUGGUUUGUACAUUUUCCGUAAAUUCGAUUAAUUUGAUAUUAUAAAUGAAACUUUAAAAACAGUUGUUGGUUGAAUUCAUUAAAUAUGUCUUACUUUUCAUUAAAGUACAAUUGAGUAAACAUCGUAUUUAGGAGCCGAAGAAGUUUUACCUUGAGCCUUUACAUGUAAUUUAGUGACUUUAAGGUGAUAGACUAAGCUACUUUUAGGCUCUUUUAUAAAAUAUAAACAAGUGCUAUAUGUUGUUGUAAACAUAAAAAAGAAAGAAAAUUGAUACGAGUACUAAUAAUGCCAAGAUAAUUAUUUUUUGUAUUUAUGCACUCGAUCACUAAACAAGUAAUUUUUUUUCAACACGUAAUACACUUUUUGGGUUAGGAAUAAUUUAUGAAUGUCCACACAUUUAGAAAACCUUUUAGAAACUGGAUUAAGUUAAGUAUCCUUUUAUCAAUUUCUAAUUUAAAACAUGGGUCAUAUGCGAAAAAGUGACUUUAAAAAAAUUUCUUUGAUAGUUUAGCCAAUAUGUAAUUACAUCUGUGCUAAAAAUAUUUGUAACGUGAAAAAAUAUAGCAAUUGACCACAUAACUUGGUCCUCAUUCAGUUUAUAUGUAAUGUGGACCUCAUCAAAAGAACUGAUUGAUAGGAUUUUGUCUCUCUUUUUAUAAUCCCACAAAUCGAGGAUUAUUUUCCACCUUUUUUUCCCAAAAACUAUUUUUGGCAACAAAUUGUAGAAACGAACCUGUAAGGCAUUUGUUUAUACCUAACUCCUCAAUGUUUUUUUCUUUUUUCAAAAUUUUCUUACAUCCGAUUUCAUAUUUAUUUCUUAUAAUAGUUGUUAACAUUUAUCCUCAUAUACAAAUUCUACUACUGUUUGAAUUUUGUACUCUAUACAAAAAUUACAUUAUUUAUUCAUUUGUGCUCUAUGCUUGCAAUAUCUUCCAUUAAAAACCCUCUUUAGGGCUCGAUCUUACUUUAUUUAAGAUUUAGCACUGCUCUACAAAAUGUUUGCAUUGUUUUCAAAGAAGAUAUCGUGAAUGGAAUCAAAUGAAUGUUUAUAUGUACACUGUCUCAUAUUAUAUUAAGUAUUAUACGCUGUUAACUAUGUUGCUACUUUUAUACUGUUAUAUAUUCACCACUGUGUAUUUAAAUUGCUGAAUUGCAUGACUUAUGUCAAAUAAAAUGUCUUUC